UAUUAUUAUUAUUAUUAUUCCAGUGCGUAAUAUCCUUGGUCCCCUACUGUACUUUCCCCUCAGUGCCCCAAAUUUUCUUUCAUUCCUUAACCUAGCUGACCCAAAUUUCCUGUGCCAAGUGAGUGUACUUUUCAACUUAUGCUGUGGCUAAAAGUCAUACCCUAACACCCAAUCUCUACUUGUUCUUGCUGACUGGGUGCCAUCAUUGUAAGCUCUUGUGACUCGGUGGUGGGCUCCACAAGACGAAGCUAGACUGAAGUGCAUUGCUUCACUGGGAUUAGGGAUUAAGAUUUCCCUGGCUGCUUUGGUUGAGUAAAUCUGGGGAUUAUGAUGUCGACAGCCUGUGGCUGCAGGAGAGGAAAUUGAAUUGUGACGGACGGAACACCGAUGGCCCAGAAUUACAGCACAGUGAGUGAGAAGUCAGAGAUGGGAGUCCGUGUCUGUGCCUUUCUCCUGCUCAGGAAAACCUCCGCUGGAUACCAUUUACUGCCUUAGGGGUGUAGGGAUUGCUUACAUAGCAGAAUCAAUCUGAGUAGAUGUUUAGGAUGUUGAUUGUGUGCUAAGAAGAUUUCUGUGUCACUGGUAAUCCUGCUCUGACCUAUGAAGCAUCAGGUGCCAACCCCUGCUGUUGCUCCUCCUGCUGCUGCUGCUGCUGCUGCUGUUAAAUUCGAAGGACAAACUAAAACCAGCAGGAUGAAGGUGAAAUGGACCCAGCUGGGUUUGGUGUUCUUCCUCAUAUUGUCACUGGUGAUGACAGGAUGCUUCUUCUGGCAAUAUCAGAUGCCAAAAGUCCAGCCAGAUGAAGGAAUGGGUCGCAGUGCCAAAUCAGAGAUGAUGUGUCCCCGUUUCCCAGAGCCUCUACCUCUGGAGCAUCCUAUCCCCAGUCUAAAAGAAGCAUUGGAAAAGGUGGACGUUUUGCUUCGGCAGACCAUCAACCCUAUCAGCCUUCCUGCCUUGUCGGCCAUCGUAAUCCUAAAUGACACUGUUUUGUGGACAGGCAACUUUGGAAAGCGGAAUGCCAGCGACCCUCACUCAGGACCAACAAAUGAGUACACAAUCUACAGAAUUGCAAGUUUAUCAAAACUUUUUCCAACGCUGAUGCUGUACAAGCUGUGGGAGGACGGGAAGAUUGGCUCUCUUGAUGACCCUCUGGAGAAAUAUGUGGAGAACUUCACCAUCAAAAACCCUCUGGGGAAGAUGCGAGACUCCGAGUUGAAAUAUGUGACAGAUGGCCUGAUAUUUCUCGACAGUGGAGAAGUUCAGAUCCGCUCAUCUUCAGUCACUCUACGGAGGAUGGCUAGCCAGCUCUCGGGCCUGCCCAGGAGGCUCCGAGCUACAAAUUUGCUUUGGAAAGGAAAAACUCAAUCUGCAAUCAAUCUUCUACAAGAUGAUGUCCUCGUCUCGGAUCCAGGCACCAAAUGUCACUACAGUAACCUUGCCUUCUCACUACUCGCUCAUGUGAUGGCAGAGCGAGUGGCCGGAGUUGACUACCAGCAAUGGAUCACAGAGAACAUCCUGGACCGGCUGGGGAUGGAAGACACCAGCUUUGACCUCACCCCAGGGAUGCAGAGCCAAUUGGCUGUUGGAGUGUACUCAAAUGGAAAACCAGCCCCACUCUAUGACCUCGGCUGGUAUCGGCCUUCUGGUCAGAUGUUCUCAACAGCUGCAGAUUUGGCCAAGCUUGCCAUGAUGCUGCUGGGUGCGUAUCAUCGCAAGCUGCUGGAGCCAGACUCUUUGAAGAUUAUGCUGACCCCACUCUUUAGGUGCGAUAAGGAUUAUUUUGCUAACCGUACUGGAACGCCAUGGGAGGUGAAUGAGCUGAUGGGCUAUGAACUGUUGCGUAAAGAUGGGGAUUUGGAUGGCUACUCUGCCACUUUUUCCCUGGUUCCCAGACUGAAGCUUGGCCUAGUGGUGCUAAUGGCAGGCAGCCGAUCUCAGAAACAGGAUGUAGUCACAAAGGCCUACAACCACAUUGUCCCAGCCAUAGAGAGAGCCUUCAGGGAGGCCAAAAAGGUCCUUGUUGCUCCUCCAAACCCUGAUCAUUACAUUGGAUUUUUCACUUACAGCAACAUCACUUUCUAUGAGAUCAAAGUAGGGCCAGACGGAGUCCUUAUCAUGCAGCAGUUUGGUCCUCAGAUUGAAGAGCUCAUACCAGAGAAGUACAGGACAAUAAAACUUAACUACCUGGUUGAUCGUGUGUUUAAAGUGGUGUUUGAAAAAGAGUACCCUUGUGUUUUGCAAGUCGGCACCGCUUCAGUGUCCCUGGAAGCUCAAGAUGGCCAAUUAUUUAACUUCUACGUGUUUAAUAAGCAGGGUUUAUCUCCAGGUUUUGAUGCACCAGGGCUGAACACAUAUAACGUGGUCAGAAUACCCCGUAGGCCAUCCUUCUCCAGCUGAAUUGCAACCGUGUUGUGGCCUAAAGACAAACGUUGUGUCCUUGGGAUGUGUAAGGGGAUGUAAAUAGACAUUAUAAAAUAUCAAAAGACUGAAGUGAGAUGUUGUGAUUAUUCUAGAGGUCAAAGACAUGAUAUUGCUUUUGAUAUACAGAGAGCACAGAUAAGCAUGACAUGUUCAUCCAGCUGUAUAAUGUCCUUCAGAGAAAAUGUAUUAAAUUCACUUCUGAACAAUGCAUAUAAAUAUCCUUCGCACGCUGGCCCUUCAUUACACUUGAGAACUAAACAAUUCGCACUGUGGUGGGAGUGCUUGUGUUUUUUUCCUGUGCUUCAUUUGAAUUUCACAUCGUAGUGUCUUUCUUUUCUUGAGUUUUCAUCAGACAGAACUGGAGAACAACUCUUAUUGUGGCCAUUUACAUGAAGAGUUACAUUCAUUCUAUAUUCAACUCUUAAACUGUGAUUGAAGUUGGAUGAAAUAUGUCACUCAUACAUAUUCAUCUUUCUCUGGAAAACAAUGUGUUUGUGUUACUUUACUCAUGGCAGGUAGAAGUAGAACAUUUAAAUGGCAAACUGGAAUGUCACCUAUUAAAUAGGUAUAUUGCCACAGAUUUGAAACUGCUGGGUUAAAAGCAACAAACAAGCACCGACAUGUCACUAAGGUACAAAUUGUUUUUGCUCCACAAUAAGAGGCGAUUAAGGACAGGAACACUUCUGGGUGCCUGUGUGACUCUUUUCUGUAUAAUCCCUGAAAAUGGACUCAUUCAUACCGACCUCUAACACCAAUAUGAAUAUGAAUACUCCACUCUGAAUGCUGCGAGAAGAUAACACAUUCAAGAGAACAAAAGUAACGUAUAAUGCAAAGGCCGAUAUUUUGUUUUGUAUUAGACAGCAUGUCUGAGAAUUUUAUGGAAAUGAAAUCUGUAUUGAAAAUGUUGUUUAGUGUUCAAGCAUCCAGUCCAGUGAGUGAAAGUGAGCGAAUGUGAAUGCAAAUCUCCCUACUGUAUCCAUUUCAUCCUGCUGUGGCUUGCAGAACCGCCAUUCUGCUAUUCAAUUCAAUGUUGUCACAGCUGACUGAUUAAAGCUUAUUCUGAUCAAUAGUGGAAAGCAUAAAAUAUAAUUUGACUCGUGCGGUGUAGUGGAAAA